UCACCUGACUCCUCUCAUUGAUUUUGCCAAGUCUCCGCUUUUGGUUUCAACUCAAACACCCCACUUUUCUAAACCAAUUAAAUAGGCACGUCUCAGUGUCUGACUAACCUCAGCCCAAAACAGAGCACACACUAUGUAAUCAUUAUCCCCUGCUUCUCCUUCUUCUCCUUUUUCUCCUUCUCCAUAAUCAUCAACUUCAUCUCCUUUUAUUAUUAUGGCUGCUGAUGACACUUCACUACCUUCUCAACAUCAUCAUCAUCAACAACAACAACAACAUCUUCUUUCUCCAAACCUGCCAGCAGAGGAACACCACAAGGAAGAUGAUCUCAUCGCCGAACUAACUCACCACAUGGAUCGCUUCUUGCUUCAAGAUCAUCAUCACGAUGAUCAUCAUGACAAAUACGAUUUCUCAUCACAACUUUCAUGGGACUUGAUGGCUUCACCGCAAUCAACUCUCUGGUCACCUUUGCCAUCUGAAGCUUCCUCUCAAGAACCGUCGCCGCCACCUACACCCGGCACCACCAACAACGGACUCUGCUCCUACCAAUCUCUCAUCCACGAACAAAUCAGAGCCAUUGAAUUGUCACGGUUAAAGCAAGAGCAGGUUCUUUCAUUGAAGCAGAAACUGAUGAGUGAAUCCGAGGACAAAGAACAAAAUCACGACGACUCUUUGUGUCAGCAGAAGAAAGGUAAAGCUGGUGGCGGCGGCGGCGGCGGCGGUGGCCUUGGAAGGAGGAUUCGUCCGCCUCCACGGCCAGCUCCUCUGCUUCUGCAGCAGCAAUGUGGUGGAGGCAUGAGGGCACUCUUCCUUGGUAGUUCCGCUUCAAGAGGUGGCACCGGAGUUUUCUUGCCUCGUGCCGCCACCGCCACUGCCACCACUCCCCCACCACAUUCAACCGCCAAACAAGGUAAAGGUUGCUCCACAGUUCUGAUACCUGCGAGAGUGGUACAAGCUUUGCAACAACACUUUGACCAAAUGGCUGCCACAGCUGGACCCAAAGCUGCUGCCUUUCCUCCUCUCCAUGAUGUUCUAGUGAAUACUAAUAGGGAUGGCAUGUAUUCACUUGAGAAGCGGCAAUCACGGAAAGCACCGAUCCAGAAUGAUAUGAUUCUGCCUCAAGAGUGGACGUAUUAACACUUCACAAAGAGGCACAUUCACAUGCACUUCUUUAGCACAUAGGAAAAUAAUGAUAACAAUAAUAAAUAAUCUUAAUCAUAAAAUUAUGCAAGGAAAAGGAACUGUCCUUGAGGAGGGAAUCUUUUCUCAGAUGCAUUGUGGGACUAGGAAUGAUCAAUAAUACAUACGGAUUUUUAUAAUAAUAUAUUUUGUUUUAGGUAGGGUGUAAGGUACUCAAGAGCCGUGACACACAAGAAUACAAAAAUGUGUAAAAUAAUAAAGGGUAUUUUACUUGUAUGGCUAAGCAAUUAAGCUGCGAUGUUGACUCUCAGCGGAGGAUGUCUUUUUUUAAAAUCCUUUGUAGAAAAUAAAUAAAUAAAUAAAUAAUAAUUCAGCUCAA